AUGUCUUCGCAUCACGGCGAGUCCCAGGUGAUUUCCAUUAUUCCUUCCCUUACAUUGUUUGUUCUCAUCUUCAAUGGGUGGAUUUGUGGUUUCAUCUUCUCCGAAUUAUGUCUUAAUAGUUUCAAACCUUAUAGUGUUACACUGAUUUCGUGUUUCGUUACUGGUGGCAUUCUGAUGAUUGCUGCCGCUGCUUUACAACUUGUCACUAAGACAGCAACAAACGAACGAUGGCUCUUGGUAUCAAGGAUUUGCUGCUGGACUGCCGCUGUUCUUUAUAUAACCGGAAUUUUCUUUUUUUAUAACAAUUCAGGGCUUAGCUUCCAGAGUGAGAAUAUUGCAUGUUUAACGGCAGGAAUGCUUGCGUCGAUUGCACUGAUUCAAUUGGUUGAUUUAAUCGUUGAGAAGUUUGGACGUUCAAAGAAAACUAUAGUUGAUAAUAACCAGUUUUAA